GCGGCGGCGGCCAUUGGGGAUAACUGGCCCCCGGGGCGCGGCCGGUAACCAUGGAGAUUUCUCCGGCCCAGGUCUUGGCGUCCCUGCCGCAGCCCGAUGCGGCCCACGAGAAGGCCAGAUGGUGCUGGGCCGAGCGUCGCGGCGCCAAGUCUCCGCUGGCGGCGGGGGCGGGGGCGGUGAUGGUGGGGACGGCAGGCGAGCGGGAGGUGCAGGUCAGCGCCACGGCCGAAGUGUCGGCGCUGCCCGACCGUGCCCGGGUUUGCGUGCUGGUCGGCAGCAGGAAGGAGGCGGCCGUGCAGGCCAAGGGCAGCGUGAUCCGGCGGCUCGACUACAUCGUGCAGAGUGUGAGGGGCCACGGUGUCCAGGAGGAGAAUAUUACAGUGACAAAGGAUUUUCGCCGAAUUGAAAAUGGCUAUCAGAUGGAAGCAGAGAUCUCUGUUAUAUUCAGUGAUUUUGCCAAGAUGGAAGAUUUGUGCAACCUGUUGGUAGAAAAAUUAGACAGUUCAGUCAUUAUUGGUUCACCUCAAUACUUCCACACAAGCGAAGCUGUGGAAAACAUAAGACGGCAGGCAUGUCUUCGAGCUGUUGCAAAUUCCCGACGUAAAGCUUUUGACGUGUGCCGCUUGCUUGGACAAUCGCUGGGCAGACCUUUGAUCAUCCGGGAAGAAGAAACCAACGAGACAGAAGGUGUUGCUUCUGAACAAGGAACACCUGACGACGCAAGGCCAUUGACUAUUCAACAGCAGAUUAGCAAUGCCUCCGUGACAGUUUAUUCUAAGGUGUUUGUGACUUUUGAGCUCAAAUCAAAAGAUAUUUGCAAAAAGAAUAGUUAAAUUGUGCUUUUAAGAUAGCAAUUACAUUUUUAAAGUUUCUAAUAGAUUUGAAAUGGCAAUUCUGUUUUGUCAUAUGGAGAUUUUUUCAUGGUAUAAAUCUUGUAUUAUAUAGUCCUCAAUGCAAGUAAAAUAGUUGCAUAGGACUCUUGCAUGACACAUGACUCAGUGUGGAACUGAUGGCAAUUAUGGCAAUCAACAUGAAAGAUGAUGAGGUACAAAAAAAUUGGCAUAUUUAGUUGUAUAGAAUCCAUUAGACACAAUUAUUUUUUAGAUUAGAUUAGAUUAGAUUCCUUUAUUGUCCUUUUGCAGUUUGUGAAACCUGGAGUAUAUGUAGCACUGUCCCAAUAAUGUUAUUUUUAUACUUCCAACAUUAGUACUAUCCAUGUCAGUAUUAUCAAUUCUCGUUUAGCCAUUUCAGUUCUGCACCACUUGACCCCAGAAACUUUAUUGCUAGCCAUUCAUAGACUGGAGACGUAAAAAAAAAACUAUGGGUGACUGCAAAUCUUUUCACCCUGUGUGCAUCCUUGCGGUUGUGGCAGAGUUGUUGUCACCAAUGCAUAUCAGUGACUGACCCCUAAUUCACUUGGGACUGAUUGUUAGGUGCAUGUUAGACAUUGACUUGCCGUCAAGUUUGGGUGAUCUGCCCCUACAAAGUAAGGUGUGCAAUAACACUAGGGUUUUCAGAGUAUUGUCUGGGAAGGGCCCCAUCACGGCAGGCUACAUCUUUUCGCAAAAAUUGGUUAAUUCCUCUCACCUGCUGGUUUUGCCUCCAUUAUAUUAGGAAUCUGCUGGAGUAAAGUUU